GCUUCACUUCGUCAUCAGUGCUGAAAUGCUGACCACAGAAAGAGUCGUUAUGUGACAGGUUAUGUGUUGAUUAUCCAGGAUCAGGUGUUCCAUGUGCUGAAUGUUCACAGGAAUAACUGCUGUGGGCUGGAAACCACCUCUGUGGAUGUCAGAGAUGGUAGAGUCAGAAUUUGGCAUAAACAACAUGAAAGCAUGGAUCCAUCUUGCCUUGUAUCAACAGUUCAGGCUGGUGGCGGUGGUGUAAUGGUAUGGGGGAUAUUUCCUUGGCAUUAGCAAUGUGUACCUAAUAAAGU